AAGGUCACAUACAUUUCAUGUCUCUGCCUGACGACAGCCCAACCCACUCAUACUGCAAUCCACAGUGUGUACACACAGCUACAAGUAUGAUGUGGAGUUCCAUUGGGGAAGUGAUCUUCCUAUUUUCAGGUGCUGUUUUAUUUGUCUGCAAUGCUCUGGAAAAUGCAACAUUGACCGGUCCUCCUGUUGCUGCUGCAGUACGAUCGCAUUUUGAUGACUGUCCAGACACUCAUCGACAGUUCUGCUUUCAUGGGACCUGCCGCUUCUUAGUCCAGGAGUCUGCUCCAGCAUGUGUGUGUCACCCUGGCUUCAUCGGGACACGGUGUGAGCAUGCUGACAUCCUCGCUGUGGUGGCCAUCAGACAGAAGCAACAAGCAAUCACGACAUUAGUUGUAGUGUUGGUCAUUGUCUCCGUUCUCCUGAUUGCAGUUUGUGUCUUACUACACUGCUGCCGGAAACGAAAGAACUGUGAACUCUGCCGAAGAAUGCUUGCUGGGCCCGAAGCCAGCCUGCUGAAGAGUGGGUCGCCAAGCAUCCAUGGAGACACAGGGGUGUAAGAAUUGAUGGUAUUUUGCGGGCUACUUCUGACCUCUGCAUCUCUCCACUGCCAUAGCACAGUAAUAGGCUCUCAGCCUUCAUGUUCCUGCCACACCCAGGGUCAUCUGACCUCAGGUAGAGGGACCACAUCUGUUGAGCGCAGAAGAAAGCAUUUUGUAUUAUAUGGAAGUUCCAUUAUUUUUUUGUUUGUCCUAUCAUUUAAUUUAUAGAAACAUUGGAGAUAACACAGUGAAGAAUAUCUCAUCUUCAACAUCUACAGAUUAUAAGCAGAAACCAUUGAUAAAUAGCUGUGAGAUUGUUUGAUUAUUUAAGGACCAGAGAGAGUUCAAAUUAUAUGUAAAAC